GCACGCAGAACAAACAAAGCACCUUUUCUUUCCACAAAUCUCCCUAAAAUCUACCUUGCUAUACCACACUACCCCAGUGACUCAGCCAAUACACCUACAACCAUGUCCGGCGAAUCCCUCCCGAUCUCUCCGGCCGCCUUCGCCGAAGCCAUCCAAGAGCUACCCCUCCCCGUCCUCUACGCCAAGGUCUCCGAGAUCCGAAAUUCGAUCGCCCACCUCCAUCGCUCGAACGCAGAACUGCAGACCUUCAUCGACGAGUCGUGUGAGAGUGACACCGAAAAGCGAGAGCUGGAGAGCUAUAUCACAGAGAAUAAAGAUGUGCUCACAUCUAUGAUGGAAAGGGUCACGCUACUCAAAACGGAGGUCGAAAAUCGCGGGCAACAGUGGAUCGAGCUGGACGAGAUAAAGGAGACAAAUGGCGAUACACAUGAGGCCCCUGCGCAUUCAAGUCAGACAAAUGCUGUCUCGACGAGGGAAAAUGCUUCCGGGAAUACACGAGGCGGGGGACAAGAGGAGGAAGAGGAAGGUGUUUAUUUGUAGGGGAUUUGUUCUUGCAGCUUGCAUCGUGGACUCUCUCACUCAAAGGUUUCGAUUCCUAUGUUGAGAAAAUGUUUAUUGAAGUGAUUAAUUGGCCCAUAGACUUGUAUACCCAGGACAUAGUCAUCUUCAAUACAGUGCUACUAUCUAG